ACGGCUGGCUCAACCGCCUCGCAGAAUCUCAAGAAUGGGCGGCUUGGCAAUCAUGAAAGGAACUGUGAUCCGCUAGAUAUGAUGGAACGCCCCAAGGGUGCACUCCAUUGGUCCAAAGAACAUAACUCUCCCUUUGAGCUCUCAAAAGUCGCCCUCAUGGACUUUACCUUAUCACCAUUCAAAGCCCGCGAUUCUACUGACAUCAUCCUGGAUCACACUGAUGGCCAACGUAGACGGACACUCACACGGAUCAAAGUAACUAACGCGCACAGACUCUUAGGUGUCAUACUGGACAAUAAACUCAGAUGGGGAAAACAACACGAACAUGUCCACGCAAAAGCAACCAAAUGGACAGCACUCUUUAAGAGACUCAACCACGUCUCCACAGGCAUUUCUCUCAAUCUAUCACGCCGCCUAUACAUAGCCGUUGCCAUUCCACGUAUCACUUAUGCGGCUGACACUUGGUUUGUCCCGUCUCGCACCCCGACAGAUGCUGAAAGAAAUAUAGGCCCUGUAAACCUUACGACGAAACUUGCCUCCAUCCAAAGGCAGGCUGCUAUCACUAUCACGGGUGCCCUAAGGACAACGGCGGGCGAUGCCGCCGAACAACCCUCCCACCAAGCCACCCUCUCUACCCUUUCAUCAAACGCACUUCCCAACGCCUCAUCCGUAGACAUAGAACACCCCUUCACUACCUUUUCCAUCAUUCCAACAUAG